AGCCGCAGACAUCGUCGUCAUCACUUUCAGCUUAGCUGCUCGUGCGUGUUGCCGUGGCACCGUGGCGUUGUUUACAAACUUGCUUGCAUUGCAAAGGAGUAGCCUGCGUAAAGCGCGCUCAAAAAAGUGGCGAUAUUCCAUUUUACAACGCUAUGCACCUCGUAGUUUUGACAGCAGUCGCAAGUGCGGUGCUGUUGUCGUCGGUGCUAGUCUCUCUGACUGUGCAUCAUGCUCAGCCAGCGCCGUAUAUGGAUGAAAUCUUCCACGUUCCGCAAGCACAGAAUUACUGCGCCUACAACGUGUCUCACUGGGAUCCGAUGAUUACUACACCACCGGGACUCUACCUGACGUCGGUGCUGUUGCUGCUUCCUUUCAGGCUUGUUACGAACGCUGAAGUAUGCACGCUGUUCGCUUUGCGUUGCUGCAACAUAGUUUUGACGCUGGGAAACUUCUGCGUCUCGUCGUUGAUCGCGAUCAAGCUUGCCGGAGCCGCUGGAAACAAAGUCCGCGCGAAGCUCGUCCUGUCCAGCGCCGCAAUGUCGUUGCUACCGGUGCUGCACUUCUUCACAUUUCUCUAUUACACCGACCCGGGAUCCGUACUCUUCGUGCUGCUCAUGUACCUGUACUCCCUGUUCGAUCGUCACUACGUCGCUGCGUGCUUCGGAGCUGUAGCCGUGCUGUAUCGACAGACCUCCGUCGUGUGGGUAUUCAUGGUCGCCACCUGCAGAGCUUUGGAAAUUGCCGAAAGUGUGUUUACUGCGAGCGACAACAAACCCGAGGGCCUUACGUGCGCCGUCGCCGCGAUCGUCUCCGCUCCGAUGAAACAAGGGCGCCUCAUCGCGCACAUUGCGAGGAUAGUGCUGAGUGAGUGCGCGGGUUACGUGGUCGUGGGGCUGUCGUUCGUAGCUUUCGUGCUCGCGAACGGCGGAAUCGUUCUCGGCGACAAGUCUUCGCACCAGGCGUGCGCGCACCUGCCGCAGCUCGGCUACUUCGCGCUCUUCACGCUCGUUCACGCCGCUCCGUACUUGUUGCAGCCCGGCAUUGUCAAGCGCUUCUUCGAAAGCGUUCGCCGAAGGCCUUUCUUAUACGCGGCUGUUACUUUAGCCUGCCUUCUGGCCGUGCAAAACUUCACCCACGUUCACCCGUAUCUAUUGGCGGACAACCGGCACUCCUUCUACCUUUGGAGGCGGCUGUUGGGCAGGAACGAGCUUGUUCGCUGCUGCCUAGUGCCGCUCUACAUCUACGCAGGAUACGCCAUGUCUCACCAGCUGCGCCAUAAGGAACCGUGGUGGCAGCUUCUGUUCUUCGUGUGCGUCGUCGCGUCCACGGUGCCCCAGAAGUUGCUAGAAUUCCGCUACUUCGUCGUUCCCUAUCUGUACUUUCGGCUGCAGUUGAAAGACGUCAAGUAUUGGCAAGUGCUCGCGGAACUAGUUGCCAAUAUUGCUGUCAAUGUAGCCGUGCUGUGGCUGUUCUUAAACCGCACGUUUACGUGGACGGGUGAGCCGGCCGUUCAGAGGUUUAUGUGGUGAUUCGCCA